AUGUCACUCUUCGGCGGUUCCGGCUCCGGCUCCAGCUCUUCCAAGUCCUCCGCGGAGGUCAAGGCCAGCAUUGUCCAGCAACUCCAGCAGGAGUCCGCCAUGUCCAAUGCCCGUCUCUUGAUCGAAAAAAUCAACGAGAACUGCUUCGACGCCUGUGUUCCCGCCCCCGGCUCCUCCAUGUCCUCCCAGGAGAGCGGCUGCCUCUCCAGCUGUAUGGACAAGUACAUCCAGAUGUGGAACAUCACCAGCAAGACCUACAUUGCCCGCGUUGGCCAGGAGAGCAAGCGCAUGGGCGGUGCUGCUUCCCUUUAA